CCACAACAUUCAGUACAUUCCUGUUUAUUCCAAUGAGCGAGAGCCGCGUCUGAAUGCAACACUGACAGGUAGCAGUUUCCAUGGCAACAUGCUUUCAGGCAACAUGGAGUUCCUACAGUGGGAUUGUCAUGAAGUUGCAAGAUGGAUCGAGUCUUUAGGAUUCCCGCAAUACCAAGCCUGUUUCACAGAGAACUUCAUUACCGGAAGAAAGCUAAUUUAUGUAAACUGCACCUACCUGCCAAGACUCGGGAUCACAGAUUUCAAAGACAUGCAGGUCAUCUCUGCCGGUGUUCGGGAGCUGCUGGGGAUCACAGAGGCCCCGUGGAGUCGCAGCAUCGCCGACCCUCCGAGGGACUCCAUGGGCCUUUUCCUGGAGCGGAAGAGCCGGACAGGUGAGCGGGCGGACGGACUCACCUUCCAGCAGUUCCUGGACGGCAGCCGUCGCUGACAGAGGAAGCCCAGCGUGAAUCAUGACAGUAAAGGAAGGAGGGGGAAAAAAAACAAAAAACGAGACAUGUCAGUGUCAUUUCAUACCGCCAACUGUCAGCUCAGGAUGACUCUGAUGAGCGACUCACAGGAGGUCGCAGGCAGGCCUUGGCAUUCACACUUCCCACCAGCAAAAUGCUCGUAUGUUGUAGUAGAAUCAUUUAUUCCAGUGGGUUUUUCUGCAGGCUGCCGGCGUGUGUUUAUUCUGAAAAUUACUUGAAAAGGGAA